AUGUGCACAGCAGUUUGUCAACGUUGGAUAAAGCAUGCUACCAUUAUAAACAACUGCUAUCCUACAAAUCCAGAAGAAAAAUCUCCAAAAUCUAGUGAACUGUCGCGUUUGGUAUGGUAUGCCAAAUCCCGACCCGCAAAGCUGACUAAAUGUGGGGUAUACCUGGAAAAGAGAAUCAGUGGCGACGUGGCGAAGAGAAGGAAACAAGAUCUAGGAAUCUCCUUGGAAAUCAUAAAGACACUCAUAAGAGAAUGUAAUGAAGGUCUCAAUAUGUUCUCCAAAAAUGUAAUCAAAAUCAUUAUCGCUACUUUGAAUACUGAAGAUAUUGAUCUGGCCGGCCAUGCUGCAUCUGCUUUCAUCAUAUUCUGCGCACAUCACGAUGGCUCUACACUCGGUGUUGACAAUGAGUUUACCCAAAACUAUGAAGAGUUGAUCAAGCAGUUCGCAAUGUACGCCGCACGUCAAAGCAAUGAUAAAGAUAUUGAGAUGAGAUAUCGUUCGAUCGGUUUACAUGCUUUACAAGCGGUGACAACAUCAUCAGCAAGUUAUUCAAAGACUCAACUUGAAUCGAUUGUCCCUGCCAUAUUAUACAACCUUACUGAUUCGAGUAUCGGCCUUGAAGCGUUACAAAAACAUGAUUCACUCGAUGAAGAGGCUGUGCCAAACCAAAGGUUAUCUAUAACAAUAGAGGCAAUAUCAGCAGAGGCUAACGCACGACUCGCAUACCAUUGCCUGAAGCAAUUAUUCAAUCCAUCAAAGCUCACACACGUCGAAUGGUCAGUACAACCAGUAUUUGUCUUUUUGGAUAAAAACGAAAUGUGGUGGCCAAAGUCAUUUGGAAUUACCCUUGUUCUGUGUAUAUUGUCUAUGCUACCUCCUCAAGAUCGAUACACUCUCGUAUCAGUUAUAAAAGGACAACUAGAAUAUACGCCCGAAUUUACACCUCAAAAAGCAACUUUGGUACAGAUGCUUUCAUCCAUUCUUACCAGCCCAUUAACUCUCGCGGGAUUACCCAUUUUAGAGGUGUUGGAUUGUUUACUACAUUUGGUAUUAAAAUUGAGGAAAGUGGAGAAUUUCAUGGAUGAGAAAGCCUCUCUUAAAGAAGAGAUCAAGCAAGAGAACAUGGGUAAUAUGGAAGAAGUCGAGAAUGAAAGAGAGGAUCAAUUAGAAAAGAUUACUUUACAAGAGUUGUAUAAGUCUAUCGGCGGCUUAGCGACCCACAUAUACUACAACAACCAGAUAACGGACAUUAUACAUCACAUAGUCAAAUAUCUACGCUUGGAACAGUCGACGCUUCCAUCUUCGGACAUCGAUAAUUCAAUCACUGAAGGCACGCCUACACCUGAACAGCGUAAAACACUCCUUAGGUGCCUUAGUCUAGUUGUUCAAAAAAAUCAACUCGAAUCACCGCCUGUCGAAGUACCGGUUGAAGUAUUUCAAGAUAGUCUACAGCUGUGUCUUGACACUGACGUUAGGGUAAGAAGGGCUUACGCGAGCGUAUUGGUCACGUUCCUUAAUGGCGAAAUAUCAAAAAACUUGAGGGAUAGCGCCCAAGAAUGUUUAAAGCAUCUUAGUAAAGAUACAAUACAAUUUUUGAAUAUGAUACACGUAUCCUUGUAUCAAUAUGCUUUAAUGGAUAACGCGGAGGCUUCGGACUACAUUGCACUAUUGGACAUUUUAAAAGCAUUGUUGGUUCGGUUUAGAGGCGAGCAGCUUGUUAGAGCUGUGCCUUUCUUGUUCAAGUUACAGGCGGAUGCUACAGAAUUAAAAGUUGAUGAUGUUCGGCAGCGAGCACUUGCAAGUGGCAUAUUGCGAUACUUCCAAGAAGUUGCAAUAAUGUUUGAUUUGCCUGAUCUACAGACGUACCUCGAAAAGAUUCAAGAUGAACGCCUCUCCAAAAAUCAAUGGUCUCUUGACAUAAAUCCGCGCACACUGACCACUCCCACAAUCGACGAAUCCGCCCUUACCCCGGUUGACCUCUGGCUCGAUCGCUCAGCUAUAGUGUCCCAACUUGUUAAUCUUAAAGACCUCAACGAGAUUGUUGGCUCGAAUCUAUCUGAGAAAUUGAUGACUGAAUGGACGCCCGAAGGAGGAUUCGAGAACAUUAAACGCGAAGUCUUCAGAAUACAGGUGGCAGAUCCUCAAAAAUUAACAUCGAUAAUGGUGAUGGACAAUGGCUCGGGUGAGUUGCAGAAGAUAGACAAAAAGGUGACGGAUUUUCAGUAUGCGUUGGAUAUAGGCCAGACGAACGAUUCAAGUGAACACGGGACAUCCGUUACAUCCGAUAUGGAGAGUGUGACCACCGUUCAGCUGUCCUCAGGGUUAGGAGGGACGAAGAGAAAAAUAAAGGAAAAGUUGCGAAAUGAAGUUGCAGCUUUUUUAAAUACGAUUGAUCGUGCAAGUACAAGGCAAAAGAUAAUAGAUCCACCAUAUCCGACAAAGUAG